AUGGCCGACAGAUUCCCCUCAUUAGAAGACUUCAACGAAGGUCAAACCGAAGUCGUCAACAACGACGCUGCCGAUACCGAUGAUUUUCUCGCUCGCGAACGUGCUGCGCUAGGUGACGAUGCUGAUCAAUUCGCUACACCCAACGACCAGGCCGUAACUGUAGAGGAUGACGAUCUAUUGGGAGGUGACGACUAUGUCCCUCAGCAAGGUGGUUCGGCAGAGAUCUCCGGUUUUGAGUCUUCGUUUCCUGCGAUUGAUACACAAAAUGAGGCAGUUGCGCCAGGCGGAACUAUUACUGGCACCGGCUCUCCUUUCCCAGCCACGGGCUACUCUAGCUACGCUCAACCAGAGGAAGAAUCAGAGGCUGUCCGAGAAUGGCGGGCGCGCAGAGACGCCGACCUAGCUCGCCGAGCCGAGACCUCCGCCGAAAAGAAAGAAGCCACCAUCAAGAAAGCACAAGAAGACAUCGAUGACUUUUAUGUAUCCUACGGCAACCGGGCCGACAAGGCUCGCGCCCAGACCCGCAAGGAAGCCGAGGAAUUUCUCGCCAACAGAGAAGACACAUCUGCCGGCGGAACUAGCUGGGAGCGUAUCGCAAAACUGGUGGAUGUAUCCGGCAAAGGUGUCAAGGGUGGUGCUAGCGGCUCUGGAAAGGAGCGCUUCCGCGAGCUUCUGCUUGAUUUGAGGAAAGAUGGAAAUGCUCCGGGUGCGACUGGAGUGUAA